AUGGCGCUGCUGUUGGCGUCUUUUGGAGAAGCUCACAACGAUGGACGCCUGGGGAUUAGGGAAGAGCAUCGAGAAACGCAUAAGACCAGCACAGGGCCAAAAGACGACCGUUCGAGCCCAGUAGUCACUCCGUCUACCACUCCACCCCAAAAACAAAUGCGCACCUCCCUCCUCUUCGCCCUAGCCGCGGGCACCCCGCUCGUCUACGCCGACACAUGGGUCCGCUUCGAAACCUUCCUUUCCACCGCUGACUGCAGCCCCACCUUCCCGCCCGGAUACAUCGAAUUCACCAACAUCACCACAUUCACCACCACGGAGCCGCUCCUCGGCGAGCCGCUCGCGCAGCUAGUCGACUGCGACAGCGGGUACACGCCCGAAGCCAACGGGAAUUCAUUCAAAUGCAGCGACAACACCCUCAAAGAAGGGUGUUUGAGACAUAACACGACGACCGAGUCGCGCCUGGUGACCACUUUCGCGGGCCUCGCCCCCAACGCCACGCCGGCUGUGAACACGUUCCCGGAUACGGUGCUGAACCGCCCGGACGUCGGGAAGCUGUGGUAUCUCAUCGACACGCAGUAUUUCGGGUUCAUCGAGGACGAGCAGUCGGACUGCGCCACCCACCCUAUCAUGGGCGACGGGCGGAUCUCGACUCGCGCGGUGCUGGCUGACGGGUCCUGCAGGCCUAUGAACGCUACGUCGUCGUCUAGUAUCAAGUGCAAUGACGACGGGACCUGGGUUGAGAAACGGGGAUGUGGGCAGGGGUGUGAGACGUGUGAUGAGGUGGUGGUGCAUCACCCGGGUGUGUGUGAGAGGAGGGCGGUGACUGGGGAGAGGCGGAGGAGGGUUUCCAACAUUAUUGGAUUCUGUACGAGGCCGCAGAAGGGGUGGUUUGUGGGCAGACUGGGCGCUGCUGCUGGUGUGGGUGGGACUGUCGGAAGUGCCGGUGCAGGUUCUUCGGGUUCUUCCAAUGAUGCAAUGGUGAAAACGACGGCGGGUAUGGCGCUUGGUUUGGCCAUUAGUGCUGCGUGGGCGGCGGCGGUACUCUUCUAG